GUCAUGCCCUCGACAUUCUCCCAGAAUGAAAGAGACCAACUUGAAAUUCUUCAUGGCCAGCCAUCAGGAUCUGGGAGACAGCCAACCAACCAUAGGGAUGCGUCUGCGAGUACAAAUGGUCCCUGGAAGAAUAGCCCCACAGUAAUACGUGUACCAGGAUCGACUCCGAAACCCUCUAGGGCUGAUUCCGCGAAUCCUUUCUCAGGGGGUAGACUGUCGAGCAAGAACCAACCUCGUAAUGGAAGGGGAAAGAACCCGGACACACCGCUGACAUUCGCUCGGGCCACAGUUGGCACUUCAUCAGGCCAAAAAGCUCAGCAGAACGGCAACCGCAAUAGCGACAAGUCCACCACGUCCAAAUUAUUCUCGAAACCGAAGGACACCUCUGCUUCUACCUCGAAACGCGGCUCUCGAGGGCGCCAACCCGCCCGCCCGCCGUCAGUGGGGUCUCCCAAGCCAGCUCCUGAAACUAUUGUGAUCACUGACGGAGAGGAAGAUACGGGCGAGGUCGUUCGGCGCGAUUCUCAAGAGGCCGCUGGAGAUAGGUCUGAUGACCCUAUGGACUUAUUUCGCAAUGAAACACCACCGCACUCACGCCCAACUAAACGGCCCCCUCCUGCCGACGGGGAGUACACCGUCAUAGCUCGCGAGAAACUGAAGAGGCGGAAGAUUACUGUUGUCGAGGGCGAACUCGAGGACGACGGGAUCGAAGACGGUAGUGACUUCAUGGCGUCGCAGCUGCCAGAGCCUCACCCGCGCCCGGACAUUCCUCCAAGUGGCCAUGUUAUGAAAAAGGUCUCUCUUUGGGAAGACCGGGCCUCGUCCUCCUCCAAUCCACGGCACACAAAUCCUACGACUGUUCGGGAGAAGAUGAAGCCACGGGCAAUUAAGACACUUAAAUUUGAAUCUCGCAAGGAGCUUGCCAAUUCUUCGAAGACCAACUCGAUACCACAACCUAUUGCCUCGUCUUCCAAGUCAUCUUCGUUCGAGGACGCGACGUAUGAGUUCCCUCUUGAGAAGUGUGCCAUUGGGCUGUUCAUGCAGGAACAGAUCGAUUACGAUUCACUCCAAUUGUCGUGGAAUCCCAUCAAGCUGGAAAUCAAGAUAAUUUGUAAACCCGAACAUCGACUAAAAGCUCCACUCCUCCAGUUUACAGUCUCAAAGACCUCAAUCUCGACCAUCACGGUGAGCGAACUAGAUAACCCAUGCUACAUUAUGCAAUUUACGGCCAUCCGGGGCUUUUCCGCGAGCGGUGUACUCGCCUCAAACUUGAAAGACAUGUCUUCACGGGCGGAUGGAAUGAUCUCAUUAAAGUUUGACACGCGAAGUCCAGAGUGGGAGGCCGGUCGAGAUCGCAUGCAGUUGUUUUGCCGCACUCUGAAAAAGUUGAUCAAAAACCCGUUGGAAACGAUCAGGGGCCAUGCAGCAGUGGACGUGUGGGAAGGCGUUCUGCAAGCGGCCCACUACGCCAAUGCACUAGCGGCUAGUCGACGACGGGCUUCAAGCCGGCUGGAAGAAACCGCUGAUGUCUUUGAAAGUGCUCGCCCUCCAUCACCACAGCCUCGUGCCGGCCCAAGACCACGACCCGUAUCCAAAGGUGUUUUAGGUCAGCCAGCACAGAGACGACGUUCAAACCGCCUUUCGAACACACAAGAAACAAAGGCGUCUACUCCAGAUCCUCCUGCGCCUGUACCUAAUGCAGAUGAAGUGAUACUCGUAUAUCCUCCACAAGGUACAGGCGCUGUCAAUAUCACGAACGGAGAUGUGGCCCGUCUUAACCCGGGCGAGUUCCUCAACGAUACUCUCAUAGAAUUUGGUCUCAAACUAUGGCUAGCUGAGUUGAACGAUACCAAGCCCGAGUUAGCCAGCCAAAUACACCUUUUCAGCUCUUUCUUCUACAAGAAACUGUCCACGAAGAUCCCCGAAGACGGAUUUAAUAGCGUUCGUAAAUGGACCAAUAAGUUCGAUAUCUUCGAGAAGAAAUAUGUUAUUGUGCCCAUUAAUGAGCAUCUUCAUUGGUAUCUUGCUAUCAUUUGCAACCCCGCCUACGUCCUCAACCCCCCACCUCCGAAGGCGCCCAAACCAACUCCCAACACACGAUCCCAACGUCGCUCUGGUGCCGGUAUUGGGUUCAACUCCGCACAUCCUGAAUCCGUGUCCGCGCCGCCCCUCCUUUCUGGUGCAUCCUCACCAGCACUUCCGUCACCACAAACGACAAGUAGUACCUCAUUACCACCUGUAUCGGACCUCAUGUCCACUUCCGCGCCCGUGCAUCGUAGGCUGUCGUCUGCCAGUUCUAUGCGUUCGACAUCUGUUGUCCCCGAUUCCGUAGGGGGAGACGAUGAGAGACACGACGAGGAGACACCCGACGAGGAGGAAUGCGACGAGGAUCAAGUACGUGACAUCGUAAUGGGCGAGCCGGAACGGUCGCCUGGACGAAGACAAUCGACGGUGGAGAUGGACGAUGCGAUGGAGAGGAUGUCGCAAGAUUGUAGCACGAAGAUGAAGAUUGAUGAUGAUGACGAUCAAGCGAACAGUCGAGCCCCUUCGGCAUUUUCUGAAGAAGUGCCUCUCCUGCAAUAUCCAGAGAGCGAUGGACCUGACAUGGAUCAACCUCAACCUCAACCUCCACCGAAUGAACAAGGACACGAUGUGGACAUCGAAGAGGUGUUCCCGGAGCGAGGAGAUUCUCUGCUGAAAGAAGUCUCGGAGGGAUCGAUCAAGGCUGACUCCGAUAUUGAGGAGGUGGAACCGGAUGAGCGCAAGGGUAAAGGUGAGGGUAAAGAGGCAAUGACGAAAUUGACCAAUGGCGUUCCGGUCACCACUUUCUACGGCACGCAAUCGUCGAACAAGGGAAAGCGCAAGCGACCAUCGACACCAUUUCGACAAACUGAGGACGCGCCUGUCGAGGUCGUUGAUGACGAUGAGGGUGUUCAUCGGGACAACGUCGUUGAGGUUACGGACGGGGAAGAGGUGAUUGCAGAGGAGGAUACCCACCCUACGACUCAGAUCUAUACCUUCGAUUCUCUGUCUUCCAAGCAUCCACAGGCUAUCAAGAGGCUGAGCAGGUAUCUGCAGAUGGAAGCUGUUGACAAGAAGAAGGUCGCCGAUGAGGCGUCCACGACGCCGCCGGUGGGGAAGCAAGCUCAUGUCCCUCACCAACCAAAUUAUUGCGAUUGUGGCGUCUACCUGCUUUACUUUGCGCAACAAUUCAUGCAGAACCCUGAGCUCUCACAGAAGAUCAUCGCUGAACAACCAACGCCCAAAACCAGACGAGUCAAAAAACCACCGCAUCCUCACUGGGGCGGGGCAUCUGUCGGCAAAUUCAGAGAAGAGCUGGUUCUUCGGAUACGAUCUCUGUCGGAACCAUGGCUCGCGCAGAAGGAGAUGGCGAAGUUGGAAGGUAGUGGUAAAGAGAAAGAUGAUGGUGACGGUUCGGACUCAGAUGUUAUGGAGGUGGAGGUUGUAGAGCCUGAUCCUCAGCAAGCGCCAAUUUCGAAAGUGGGGAAGGGGACGGGCAAGGGGAAGAAAGCGGACACAGGUGAAGGGACGAGCACAGGUGUUGUUUCAGGGGACAGGAAAGUGUCUGGGAAGCAGAUAACAGCCGCGUCAGGUGCUGACACUACCGAAGGCAAAGCAGAAAGGUUGCGCGGAGGAUUGUCAGCUGCUGAUGACACAGUUUAGCUUCGCAGUUGCGGGAGUAACAUUGUCGUAAGCUUUUUUGGGGUAUCUUAUUCCUUCCAGGUUUUGCUUCAUCAGGUCUUCGUAUUUCGUGUUUAUCUCUCUUUGCUGUUGUCGUGCUUUCGCAAUACACCCAUACUAUAUUAUAGCUAUCCCUCAAUUGCAUCUCGGUCUGUAUUCCACCAGCCAUGCUUCCGGGCGUCACUGUAUUCUCUAUUACUUGCUACUCCGCCGAU